AGGGGGCACUGCAGGGCCCGGCUCCCUGCGCGGCCGCUCGUGCCGGGUGCGCGCGGCGCCGCUGCUCGGCGGGGCCGGUGUCCGCCCCGGUAGCGCGGUGUAACGGGCCGCCAUGGGGAAGAAACACAAGAAGCACAAGUCGGACAAGCACCCCUACGAGGAGUACGUAGAGAAGCCGCUGAAGCUGGUGCUGAAAGUUGGAGGGAACGAAGUUGCCGAACUAUCCACUGGAAGCGCGGGGCUUGAUUCGAGCCUGUACGAGGACAAAUCCGAGCAUGAAAAGCACAAAGACAGAAAAAGGAAAAAGAGGAAGAAGGGAGAAAAACAAGUUCCUGGAGAAGAGAAGGAGAAAAGAAAGAGAAAAGUUAAGGAGGAUAAAAGGAAACGCGAUCGAGAACACCCAGACAGUGAGGGAGAGCAGGAACUGAAAUGUCAGACCCCUGUCAGAUUGGAAUUGUCACCAGAGAAACCAUUGACGAGUACUUUAUCAAAACAGGAAGAGGUGGAGCAGACACCACUUCAGGAAGCUCUGAAUCAACUCAUGAGACAGCUACAGAGAAAGGAUCCAAGUUCUUUCUUUUCAUUUCCUGUGACUGACUUUAUUGCCCCUGGCUACUCCAUGAUCAUUAAAAAUCCAAUGGAUUUCAGUACCAUGAAAGAGAAGAUCAAGAACAAUGGGUACCAGUCCAUAGAAGAAUUAAAGGAUAACUUCAAAUUGAUGUGUACUAAUGCAAUGACAUACAAUAAACCAGACACCAUUUACUACAAAGCUGCAAAAAAACUGCUGCACUCAGGGAUGAAGAUACUUAGCCAGGAAAGGAUUCAGAGCCUGAAACAAAGUAUAGAAUUCAUGGCUGAUCUGCAGAAGACCAGGAAACAGAAGGACAAGGUGGAACUGCAGCUAAGCGGAGAGGAUGAAAGUGGUUCUGGGAAAGACAAAGGAGAACCUGUGGAUGGUGAUACCAAAGCUUUCAAAACACCUAACAAGGAACACAAAAAGAAGGACAAAGAUCUACUUGAAGACAAACUAAGAAUCAAUAACUUGGAAAGGGAACAAGAGCAGAUUGAUCGUAUUGUUAGAGAAUCUGGAGGAAAGUUAACAAGACGACUUGCAAACAGCCAGUGUGAAUUUGAAAGAAGAAAGCCAGAUGGUACAACAACUCUGGGCCUUCUUAAUCCAGUUGAUCUUACUGCAGGAGAACCAGGUUACUGCCCUGUAAAGCUGGGUAUGACAGCAGGAAGACUUCAGUCAGGAGUUAAUACAUUACAAGGGUUCAAAGAAGAUAAAAGAAACAAGGUUACUCCAGUGACAUACUUGAAUUAUGGACCCUACAGUUCGUACGCUCCGACAUAUGACUCUACAUUUGCCAACAUCAGCAAAGAAGACUCUGACUUAAUCUAUUCAACGUAUGGAGAGGAUUCUAAUCAGGGAUCAUUCAGUAUUCAUGAAUUUUUGAUGAAAUCGCAAGAUUAUCCUUUCUUAAUGGCUGACAGCUUGCUUGAUGUUCUAACUAAAGGAGGACAUUCGAGAUCUCUCAGAGAACUAGAAAUGCCCCUGGAGGAAGAUGAAGGGCCCCAUGAAAGAAGUGAUGCAUUAAAAGAGAUUAUGGAAAUUGAUAUCGCAACAAGGUUGGAUUCUGCUAAUAAUGACAGACUUACAGCCCUGAAAGCUGUUACAAACUUUGGUAUGCCUAUGGAAGAGUUUGAUUCUGAGGAAGCUGAAAUCUUCCAGAGGAAACUUGAUGAAACAACAAAGCUUCUGAGAGAACUUCAGGAUGCUCAAAAUGAACGUCUAAGUACAAAACCACCCCCUAAUAUGAUUUGUCUUCUGGGCCCAUCUUACAGAGAGAUGCACUUGGCGGAGAGAGUAACCAACAAUCUGAAGGAACUGGCACAACAAGUGACUCCAGGUGACAUUGUUAGUACAUACGGAAUCCGGAAAGCAAUGGGCAUUUCAAUUCCUUUACCUGAUACAGAAGACAGUGGGGUAGAUUUGAGAGAUGGUGAGUAUCCAAAACUGUUAUGUAGCAUCUGUACAAUUAAAACAAAACCGCAUCCGCAAAUCAUUAGAAUGGCUUGUGGUGCAACUUCUAUAGUUCCAGCUUUCGGUUAUUCUCCGCUUUUAAAAAUUGUGUUUAAUGGAAAAUUCCUGUGCUUGGUCUCAGUCCAAAACUGAUCUUUUGGAUAUAUGGAACUUUGGUUCAACUACUCAAAAUAGUUAUUUUAUCAUUCAUCUUAAAUCACUGCCAAAUUUUAAAGCUUGGCACUCCAUUAAAUUCUAGUUUUUCCAUUUAAAGUGAAGUUACAAGAGAAGAGUUAAAAUUACUCACUUGCUAAAAUGAGGACAUCUUGGUUCCUUUUUUGCCAGGCUUUUAGCUGUGCUCUCCUUUUGCUUACUUCGGCCAGCCGUAGUGCUUUUCUAGUUGACAGCAUCAACUCAUUUAAUCCAGCAAGAAGUAACUACUGGUUUCGCUGGAUUAGGAGUCUGGUCAGUGGAAAAUAUGAGUGCCAGAAUCAGAUCUCCCCCUUGUGGCAGUGGCUUAAUAGGUCACAAACUAUGAAAGCAUACCUAGAAUUUGUACUCAGUUUAUAAGGCAGGUAAGAAUUUAGUUUCAAGGAAUAUAAUUCCCAACAAAUUUACUCAAGUUGUGGCUUAUAAAAGGCUUUAGUUAUGAUGUUAUUUAAUAAGAACUAGAUUGCUUCAGUAACUUAUUGUCAAGGAAACUAAGAAAUCUCAAACAAUUACUGAGUAGUUUAGUUUUCAUAGUAGUGUACUGCAAGAGAGGCUAUGUAACAAAUACAACUGAAAAAAAUCUCUUGAACUAACAGAACACACCGUUAACUCAGGACUGCCUACACAAAUAGUGAGUGACUGAGAAGUACUAUGUUGUCUGUGCACUUCUGUCAUUGUGAUAAACAUGCUAAUUGUCCUGCCAUCUAUUGUGAAC